UCUGGGGAGACCAGAUAUAGUGAAUGCAGGGUCCGGGGAGACCGGAUAUAGUGAAUGCAGGGUCCGGGGAGACCAGAUAUAGUGAAUGCAGGGUCCUGGGAGACCGGAUAUAGUGAAUGCAGGGUCUGGGGAGACCAGAUAUAGUGAAUGCAGGGGUCCGGGGAGACCAGAUAUAGUGAAUGCAGGGUCCGGGGAGACCAGAUAUAGUGAAUACAGGGUUCUGGGAGACCAGAUAUAGUGAAUGCAGGGUCCGGGGAGACCAGAUAUAGUGAAUGCAGGGUCCGGGGAGACCAGAUAUAGUGAAUGUAGGGUCCGGGGAGACCAGAUAUAGUGAAUGCAGGGUCCUGG